AUGAGUGAAUUAAGAACUACUGUCGAUCAGGUUGAAUCUUCCGGCACCCAAAAUUUAGAUAUCGAAUCCGCCGAACAUCAUCAUCAUGACGAAGAAACAUUCAAAAAACGUCACAUACUACAUCCAAAAUCAUGGAGAGAAUUCAUAGUUUCCAUACUAAAGAAAGGAAGAGCAAAUUUGUUGCUCAUUUUUUUGGUCCCGGCAAUUGUAUUACCACAUUUUAAUGUCGACAAAUUGAUUACCUUUUUCGUCAGUUUUAUAGCCAUUAUUCCUCUGUCUAAUCUCAUGACUAUUGGUGUAGAAGAUUUAUCGGCGAGAAUGGGACUGGCAUAUGCAUCAGUUCUUCACGCAUUGUCAGGAAACUUUGUAGAACUGGUUAUAGAAUCUUAUGCGUUAAUGGACAAUCAAUUUGCGAUUGUACGAUCCGCUGUAUUAGGAUCAAUUCUUUGUAAUAUCACACUGGUUCUAGGCAUCGCAUUCGUUGCAGGUUCUUGGCCCACGGCCCGUCGUGUUCGUGAAGGAAAGCACUUGCAUACAAAUAUUGAAAUUGAAUCCUUUGUGGACACGUCUUCGUCCAUUUUGGCCUUGGCCGUUCUCGCAUUAAUCACUCCUGCGGCAUUUAAAAUCGCCGCGACUCCCCUUGAUUUACCGGGAGAAAACAAUCUAAUUGAUUGCAAUCUACAAAACAUCAGUCACGCCACGGCCAUCAUACUAAUGAUGGUUUAUAUAGGAUUAUUGGUUUUUCAAUUGAAAACUCACAAAAACGAGGUGGUAGACGUUAAGGAAUUAUCCCAUCUUCAUAAGAAGUAUAAUUGGUUGUUUGAUAUAUUUUUAAUUGUGGGAUCGGUAGCUGGAAUCUCAAUCUGUGCAAAAACCCUGGUUAACAGCAUUGAACAGAUUGCACAUGACUUUCGACUCGGAACUGGUUUCAUUGGAAUAGUACUUUUACCUCUUUGUGUUGUAUCAAAUUUCAUUGAACAUUAUCAGGCUAUCGCAGAGGCAGCCGAAGAUAAAGUAGAUACAGCCAUUAGUUUGAUCCUUAAUACAUCUGUACAAAUGGCACUGUUGAUAACACCAAUCUUGGUGUCAGUUGGAUGGAUUUAUGAAAAACCAUUAACAUUGGACUUUAACGCUUUGGAAAUAUCUGUUUUGGCUUGUGCUGUAUUGAUUGUGAAUUAUCUGGUUGCUGAUAACAAAGCAAACUGGUUAGAAGGGUAUAUGCUUAUAAUAUCAUAUGUGUUGAUAGCUAUAGCAUUCUUUUACUUUCCGAGUACGCAUGUCCCAGAACAACAUGGACAUUGCGACCCUUGGAGUAGAAAUUUACCACCGGUUGAAACGGGAGGGGAAGGGACUGCGGAACAUUAA